AUGGCUGCCGAGCGCCACGUCCACGAUGCGGCUGCCAGCGACCAGGCCAUAGCGACGGGCGUGGAAAACGAUCCCAAGGGAAAGAAUUUUGUCACAACCAAAGCAGCAGAUCUUGAGGCCGACGCACGUGGGGACGGUGAUCAGGGAUCCGAUGGCUCUUUAUUUGGAACCUCCGAAAGAAAGGAAAUCACACCUGUUGAGGCGUUCAAAUGGAGUGUCGAGGGAGAUCAGUCGCCUUUUCCUGAGGUGGCUGCGUGUGUCUCCAACAAGGAUGACCCCAAUAUACCAUGUAAUACUGUCCGCGCCUGGGUCCUCAUGACAAUUUUUGUCAUGCUCUUCUCAGCUGUCAACCAGUUCUUUGGUCUACGAUAUCCAUCGCUUUCAAUUGGCUAUGUCGUAGCGCAACUGCUGGUCUAUCCCAUCGGUCGCGCCUGGGAGAAGCUUCCUCGCUGGAGAGUUCCUCUGGGCAAGUUUACUUUCGAUGUCAACCCUGGUCGGUUUAGUGUCAAGGAGCACGCUCUGAUUGUCAUUUGUGUAAACAUUAGCGCAAGUACAGCAUAUGCCUUGGGCGCUCUGGUGGCGAUCGAAAGCCCUGUUUUCUGGAAUCAAGACUUCGGUGCCGGGUUUGGCUUUCUCUAUCUUCUAACCACUCAGAUGCUGGGAUUUGGGUUUGCUGGACUCGCUCGUCGCUGGCUCGUUUAUCCCGCUGCUCUCGUCUGGCCAACUUCGCUAUCGUCCACGGUCCUCUUUCGUGCGCUUCAUGAGCCUGAAUCGCGCACUCCAGCCAACGGAUGGACGAUCACCCGAUAUCAGUUCUUUGGCUACUUUACGCUGUUUGCGUUCGUGCUAUUUUGGUUCCCCGAUUACAUUUGGACCAGUCUCAGCACGUUUGCCUUCAUCACAUGGAUCGCGCCUCACAAUCAGAAAGUCAACACACUAUUUGGCAUGAACUCUGGCCUUGGUCUGCUGCCAAUAAGCUUCGACUGGACUCAGAUCAACCAGGCAGGAAAGCCUUUGAUUACGCCUUUCUAUGCUACGUGCAACGUGUUUGCUGUUGUGGUUCUGUUCUACUUCUUUCUCGCCCCAAUAUUCUACUAUACGAAUGUUUGGAAUAGUGCAUACCUUCCUCUUCUCUCAUCGAGCACCUUCGACAACACCGGGUCAACGUAUAAUGUCACACGAGUGGUCGACGAAAGUCUCAACUUUGUGGAAGACAGAUACAAAGAAUAUUCACCCAUGUAUAUCUCCAUGUCCUACGCUCUCACAUUCGGGCUCUCCUUCGCCGCCGUCACUUCCAUGGUCGUCCAUACCUACCUCUAUCACGGCUCUGAGAUCUGGGCCAAGCUCAAGAAUUCCCGCGCCGGUGGUGAGGAUAUCCAUCGCCGUCUCAUGCACGCGUACAAAGAAGUACCCGACUGGUGGUAUGCAUUGCUUACGGUUGUGGUGGUGGGGUUGAGUAUCCUCACAGUGCGAUUCUGGGAGACGGGGCUUCCGGUCUGGGGGUUCAUCGUCGUUUGCUGUGGUCUUCCGGCAAUUUUGACCAUUCCGGAGGGGAUUCUUGAGGGAACGACUAACCAGCGUGUUUUUCUCAAUAUUAUCACCGAGCUCAUUGCGGGAUAUGCUUGGCCCGGCAAGCCCAUUGCUAACAUGAUGGUCAAAUGCUACGGACAUAAUUCCAUCAAGCAUGGCAUGGACUUCGCCCAGGACCUGAAGCUGGGACAAUAUAUGAAAAUCCCGCCUCGUGUUUUAUUUAUGGGCCAAAUUUAUGCCUCCGUUCUGUCGACCAUGACUCAGACCGGGGUUCUCCGGUGGAUGUUCGGCCACAUCACUGACCUCUGUCAAUCGACCAACACUCAACGGUUUACCUGUAACGGAGCCAAGGUGGUUUACAAUGCAUCGUUGGUGUGGGGAACGAUUGGUCCGCAAAGAAUGUUCCAAAGUGGACAAACUUACAGUGGACUGAUGUACUUCUUUCUAAUUGGACCUGUUGUUACCGUACUAGUGUACCUAGUAUAUCGACGUUUCCCCAACAGUUGGCUACGAUAUGUCAACAUCCCGGUCUUCUUCAAUGGUGCCGGCAAUAUUCCUCCUGCGACAACCACGCAAUAUUCCCUGUGGUUUAUUGUCGGAUUCAUAUUCAACUACCUUAUCCGAAAGCGUGCAUUCCCAUGGUGGAAACGGUAUAAUUAUCUCCUUCAAGCCUCCAUGGAUACCGGUACCGCGUUGGCGACUAUAAUAAUCUUUUUCGCCUUGGGCUAUCACGGUGUGAAGCUCAACUGGUGGGGAAAUACCGUUGGAUCAAACACAGAUGACGCAAAUUCUGUCCCCUGGCUGACAGUGUCCAACGGAGGGCAUUUUGGCAGAGGACCGGGCGAGUUUUAA